ACGGCCCUCGGCACCAACCGCGGGCGCCAUGGACUGGAAGACCCUCCAGAGCCUGCUGAGCGGGGUCAACAAGUACUCCACAGCUUUCGGGCGCAUCUGGCUUUCAGUGGUGUUCGUAUUCCGGGUGCUGGUGUACGUGGUGGCCGCUGAGCGCGUGUGGGGCGACGAGCAGAAGGACUUUGACUGUAACACCAAGCAGCCGGGCUGCACCAACGUGUGCUACGACAACUUCUUCCCCAUCUCCAACAUCCGCCUCUGGGCCCUGCAGCUCAUCUUCGUCACCUGCCCCUCGCUGCUCGUCAUCCUGCACGUGGCCUACCGCGAGGAGCGCGAGCGGCGCCACCGCCAGAAGCACGGCGAGCAGUGCGCCAAGCUGUACGACAACGCGGGCAAGAAGCACGGCGGCCUCUGGUGGACCUACCUGCUCAGCCUCGUCUUCAAGCUCGUCAUCGAGUUCCUCUUCCUCUACGUGCUGCACACACUCUGGCACGGCUUCGCCAUGCCCCGCCUGGUGCAGUGCAGCAACGUGGCGCCCUGCCCCAACACGGUGGACUGCUACAUCGCCCGGCCCACUGAGAAGAAGGUCUUCACCUACUUCAUGGUGGGCGCCUCGGCCAUUUGCAUCGUGCUCACCAUCUGUGAGAUUGUCUACCUCAUAUUCCACAGGGUGCUGCGGAGCAUGCACAAGGCCAAGCACCCAGGAGGCCGCAGCCCCUCAUCCUCCGCCAGCCGGGCCUCCACCUGCCGCUGCCACCACAAGCUGCUGGAGUCUGCGGAGCAGGACCCCAGUCUGGGCAAUGACAAGCUGCAGGCUUCAGCACCCAACCUGACCCCCAUCUGA